AUGGCCGCCAUCUUCGGCGACGGGCUACAAGCGCACGGCGACCCCGUCGCGCUCGACUACUACACCGGCAUCCGGGCGGCCGACCUGGCCAGCUGCUGCGCCGACGGCUCGGGGCAGAUAAGCAACCUCACCAGCACCCAGUUCGCCGCCGCAGUCCCCGAGGGCUUCACGUUGCCAGCAGCGAUAUCCGCGCAGACGACCACAAGAUGCCAUAUCGACUCGCCGCUCCAGGACGACCGCGCGGCCAAGUCCGCCGCAUGCGUGUUCGCCGACGUCGUGGCAGACGAGGACAUGUGGGUCGGCCUGACGGUCACGCUCGCGAACGGCACCGUGCUCGCCGAGACGAGCGAGAAGGAGCUCACGACGUACCCUGCGCGAGGGGCUGGUGCCGCUGGUGCCUCGGGGUCGACGCCCUCGGCCUCGGGGGCAACGACAAGUCCCAGUGCGCACGCGAGCUCGGCCGCCGGCGCGGCCCCCGCACGCUUCGGCGUCGUCGCGCUCGUUGGGCUCGCGGCGGCUACUGUCAUGGCUGUAUAA